GUACACAUGCACAUAUCUCCGCGCGUUCACGCCACCUACAGAUCCAACUUCAGGCAGCCGCAGGACAAGUUUAGACAGCUCAAAUCUGACUUACUUCACGGGGCUAAAGCUCAUCAAACGGACACAAGCGUCCACCACGCUCCAAACAUGGACGAUUUAGACGCGUUGCUGGCGGACCUGGAAUCCACCACUUCACAUAUUUCGAAGCGGCCUGUGUUUCUCCCAGAGGAGACCCCCUAUUCCAUCCCAACUGGAGGGCACACAUAUCAGGAUGUGUCAGCCCCGCCCCCUGUCCCUCCUCCACCCUCAGCUGAUGCUUUAAAUGGUUCUCUGAUCGACCCGCCAGACUCGCACCACUCUUCACAGCAGUCUCUAGGCUCAGCACAGAAGAGCUCAUGGUCCCGAGACAGUAGCAGCUCCCCUCUGUCUCACGGUGAAGAGGACCACGUUUACAGUUUUCCAAACAAACAGAAAUCAUCAGACCCCUCCACAGCAGCCAUGACCUCAGCUCUGGGCAGUAACCUCUCUGAGCUCGACAGACUUCUGCUGGAGCUCAAUGCUGUGCAGCAGAGUGCCCCCUCCUUUCCCACUACAGAAGAGGCUGCUCCCCCUUUACCAUCCUGCAGCAUCACUCAUUAUGAGAAUGGCAGUGGUCCAGAGAUCAUGGUGAGCCCCCCACCUCAGGAUAAGCCCAAGAGGAAUGGGGCGAAAGAGGAGAGGCCCACUGUGGAGAGUUUACUAGACGAGCUGGAGGGGUCAGUGCCUUCGCCCAGCCCCUCCUCUCACCACAGUGAUUUGGACACACCCUCUCAGCAGCAAGCCCGAAUCUCAGCCUCCUGCGCCACAAGAGAGCUAGACGAACUCAUGGCUUCUUUAUCUGAUUUUAAGAUAAUGGCCCAAGGCAAAGGCGUCCCUGGUGGACCUCCGACUCAGGUGAACAAGCUGGACAACAUGCUGGGCAGCCUGCAGUCUGACUUGAAUAAACUAGGAGUGCAAACUGUAGCUAAAGGAGUCUGUGGAGCCUGCUGUAAACCUAUUGUGGGACAGGUGGUGACUGCUAUGGGCCGCACAUGGCACCCCGAACACUUUGUUUGCACACACUGUCAAGAAGAAAUUGGCUCCAGGAAUUUCUUUGAGCGUGAAGGACAGCCCUACUGUGAGAAAGACUAUCACAACCUGUUCUCUCCACGCUGUUACUACUGCAAUGGCCCUAUCCUCGAUAAAGUUGUAACGGCACUGGAUCGGACAUGGCACCCUGAACACUUCUUCUGUGCCCAGUGUGGAUCCUUCUUUGGCCCAGAAGGGUUUCAUGAAAAGGAUGGGAAGGCCUAUUGCAGAAAGGAUUACUUUGACAUGUUUGCACCAAAAUGUGGCGGCUGUGCUAGAGCCAUUUUGGAGAACUACAUUUCAGCUCUAAACAGUCUUUGGCAUCCGGAGUGUUUCGUCUGCAGGGAGUGUUUCACCCCGUUUGUAAAUGGCAGUUUCUUUGAACACGAUGGCCAGCCAUACUGUGAGGUGCACUACCAUGAGCGUCGUGGGUCUCUGUGCUCAGGAUGUCAAAAGCCCAUCACCGGACGCUGCAUCACGGCAAUGGGAAAGAAGUUCCACCCUGAGCACUUUGUCUGUGCCUUCUGCCUCAAACAGCUCAACAAAGGCACUUUUAAAGAACAGAAUGACAAACCCUACUGCCACGGCUGUUUCAUCAAGUUGUUCAGUUAAAGAGGAAAAAGCACGAGAGCCUUUACUACAGUUUAGGUGGCAUUUAGAGAGACAGUUGUCAGAGAAGGUCGUCUGUGAUGUUGAACGUGAGAAUUAUGUUAGAGUCAAGUUUGUAUCCCACAAAGAUAUCCUUUAAGGUGAUCAAGCUAAAUCAUUAAAUUGCUAAAAAUCUUGAAGCAACACAAAAUAUAGAUAUAUUUUUUGCCAACAGAACUAUAUUCAGGCCUCACAGCUGCCAGCAACAUAAUAGUCAGGGUGGUAUAUAACCAGCUUUAAUAGUGACUGUUGUGGGAAGUCUCUGUAUGGACUUUUCUUUAUAACAAUAUUUGAAAGAAGAGUCUGUUGCCGUAUUUAAGCAGUGUAAAUGAGUUCAAGAGUGAUUAAUACAAAACUAUAGAUUUUCACCUAAAUAUUUUUUUCAAGAUUUUUUAUCAUCUUUAUGACACCUAGAGAUUUUGUCUUUAAUUCUUUUUACUUGGCAGUGAAACACUGUAAAGGUGUGUGUUUGAUAUUGCUCACUGGUUGAGUGUCCUUUUAGAGCCAAUUAAUGUUUUUAUUUCUCUCUUUUAGUGUAUACUUGCACAAAACUAGCUAUUGCUGAUGACUUCUUUUCCAGUCAUUAGGAAGCAUUGGUUUAGAAUUGGUCGAAGGUUUGGGCCAAUUUAUCACACAUGAUCCAUGGCAUUUUAAGUAUGAAUCAUUAAAAAAAAAAAGAAAUCAAUUUUUUUGCAGUAGAUCUAUACAAACUUGUGGUGAAUCUGCAAAACCAUUCCUGUUUUCAGCUCUUUGACAGUAUCUCAUGUAUUACUGUGAUGUGAAGUUACAAAACGUGGGGCUAGCCUCUGUAUACUUUCACUUACAUCUUCAUGUUUCUGUACAUAAAACUUUAUCUGAACCACUCAUUUAGGCAUAAAGUGUUAUCAUAAUCAAAUGAUAUUUAAAUAACACUAUUGCCCACUGUGUCAGAAGUUUUUGUAUGACAGCUGUUGUGUACAAUUGUGUAAAUUUAUCAGUAUCAUGUCUAACAAACAACACUGGGAAGUUUAGUAAUGAACUGUUACUAAAGAAAAUCUCUAUAAUAUUUAGAUUUUGUGUGUGAGUAUAUUAAAAAGCAGGCAUCAAAAUUAAAGCGUGGUGGCCUUUUCUAUUAAAUGGUUGGUUGAUUUCUCAGUGUAUGGGCAACGUCUACUGUAUAACUCUGGGUCUGUUAUUAGUACUUCUAUAAUGCAUAAGUAUUGGACCUGUUUUAUGUUCAGGGACUUCUGGAGCCUAAUUUCUUUCUCAGUUUAUUUAAACAGACUGGUGAUAAUGGUCUUUAAGGUCUUGGUGGGUUGCUAUUAACCAAAGCCAUACACAUUUUGGUUGCUUUCUUGUUUUUCUUGUGUGUCCUGUAUUUCCUUUGGGGUUGAUUGUUAAUAGAUCUGUAUAGUAAGAUUUCACACCUUUACACCAAUUAUGCAAAUAAAGUCUUUUGCUAUUAAA